UACUUUAUUGAAACCCAAGGGGAAAUUCAAGGGUGUCACCACCCUCUGUUUUUAUGGUUAUGGUAUUAGCCAUAGCGACAUAAAAAUAAAUAUAAAUAGCUUUGGGGGAUGACCACUUACUUUUCCAUGGUCACACCUGCCCAAAGGUGAACAGGAUAAUUUCCAUGAACACAUCGGCUACUUGAAAUCUAACAUCAACCAAGACAGUUGGGGGAAAUGGAGUUCGGAAUGGCUUCUCAACUAACUGGACAACACUCCGAUUCAGUUUUGUGGAUUGUGCUUUUGGGAAGAAGACAUUCAGGAAAGAGUUCAACGGGAAACAGUAUCCUUGGAAAAAAGGAAUUUGAAACUGGGAAAAAAACAACCGUGUCGGAAAGACGCAUCGGUUCUGUUGAUGGGCAGCGGGUGGGUGUUGUGGACACACCUGGCUGGAGUCUCUUUAACCUCGCCAAACCCGAGAGGGUGAGACAGGAGAUUAUGCGCAUCCCAAGUCUUAGCAGCUACGGCCUGCGGGUCUACCUGUUGAUUAUUCCUGUGGAUUCUUUUAAGGAGAAAGACAGAAAAGCAGUGGAAAAACACGUCAACCUGUUAGGUGACAGAGUGUGGUGGCAUACCAUUGUACUCUUUUCGUGGGGUGAUCUGCUACGGGGCAAACGCAUUGAGGAACACAUCGAACAACUAGGGGAGCCUCUACAAUGGGUCCUGCGUAAAUGUGCCAACAGAUACUGUGUCAUCAGUAAUGCUGGAUAUGACACUCAAAAUACUCAUCUAUUGCAGUACAUUCGAACUCACGUGGCAUCUAUUUCUCUGGACUCCUCGUGUGUCAUGCCACACAGAAAUAACUUUACGGGUGGAGCUCGAUAUUGGAGAGCGCGAGUUCGCACGGAUGCAUCAUAUGAAGUGAACAUGGACAUGCCAAACUUACAACAACAUUUCUAGUUGCUUGCUUUGUAACAUUGAGGUCAUAGGAUUACUGUAGGCUACCAUUUUGUUUAACUGAGUUUUUACUUUCCUUUCGUUAUGGUAGACGUCCAUGACCGGGCUGCACCCGAUCCCUAUCUCAAUAGCCUAUUAGUGAUUGCCUGAUCAUCAUUUGACAAGGGGUAUGGAUAGGGAAUAGGGUAGUAGGUAGAGUAGGCUGCCUCGCACUGUAUGCGGAAAUAUAUGAGUUGGGGUCAUUUUAGGAUAACAUGGCUGCACGGUCUUAGGAGGUUACCUUUAUUUUUGAUUCCCACAUUUUUAUCUCAUAUAGUUUCGGUAAGCCUGAUGUUCACCCGGUUUGGUAAUACCUUAUAAACACGAAUUUCGCGGAGUCAUUGUCUCAAACUGAAAGUUGUCAGUCCACAUUUAGCCUAGAGAUGCUAACAACAGUUUUGUCUGGAUUCGUAUUUUUUCCGGGGCUUUUCUUCACUUUGAAACACAUCUUUAAAACUCAUUUCAAGAAGUGGAAAGACGCGGAUGUGGCUUUAAUCAGUGAACGGAUGGUGUCCUCUAUCCAUGCCAUUAUGGCUUCCACAGCAGGUGUCUUAAUUGUGGCUUCUUGCAGUGACAUCAUGACUGACAGACACAGGCUUGCAACUGACUUUGUGUUGUUUGGAGCGCCUUAUAUGGCCUAUGACAUCUAUGCCAUGUACCAGGUUCACUACCUGAGUGAACAGGAUAAAGGGCAUGAGGCAUACAAAGGUCAUUCACGUCACACAGUCACUAAGUUCCUCCACAAAGACUUCCUGUUGGUCCUUCAUCACAUUGCCUUGAUCACUAUCUUCAUGCCCGUGACUCUGUUCCUGCGGAGAGGCCUUGGAGACUUCUUUAUCGGAUGUUUCUUCACAACAGAACUAAGCACCCCAUUUGUGUCAAUAGGAAAGGUUCUCAUUCAGUUGGGAUUACAAGACUCCACAUUGCACAAAAUCAACGGUCUGAUGGUUCUCCUUACAUUCUUCCUUUGUAGAAUAUUACUCUUUCCCUUCAUGUACUGGGUCUAUGGUCGUAACUAUAAUAUACCUUUUCACCAAGUGGCCCUCCAUCUUCCAUUGCAUUGCAACAUUGGGAACCUCUGUAUACUAGCACCACAGGUGUAUUGGUUCAUCCUUCUAUGUCGGAAGGCUCGACGCCUCUACCAUCGGCAGCACAAGAAACUGAACAGCGAUACUCCAAAAACAAAAUGACACUUCUUUUGUGUCUAUUUUUUCUUUUUUUUUUUACCAACAAGUCUCUCAGGAUUUUAUUGUACUUGUCUUGUUGAAGGAAUGUGAAGCGUUUUAAGUUUCAGCAUUUCUUACAUCACAGGUGAAUAGGCAAAAAAUAUAUAUUCUCAUAUUAGGGUGGUAUACCUUGUCAACAAUCACAAUGAGACUUAUUCCCCUUGACCAAAUUUACCAAAAUUAGGACGUCUGGCUCUGGGACUAUUAUGCACCACUGCUUUCCUUCAUGGCAUUUGGAAAUACUGUUUUUCCAAAUAUAUAUGCUGUGAACCUAAAUCAUUUUAAUGUCCUUUGUCGCUGGAAUAGGACAGCCCCAUCUACCAAGAGCCCUGACAUUUCUCAAUAUGUGUGAAUAAAUGUGUUCUUUCUGUUCCUGUACAAUUAUUUAUUUGAUUUUGUUUCAAAACAAUGUCAGUCAACAAUAAUUAAUUCUGUUUUGUUGCACCAAUCUGUACAUAGAUAAAAGCGGUUGAUAGAAUGUAAUGUAACAGACAGAAAAUGUUAUUGAAGAUGGUUCUAUGAAGAGUAAAGAGUUGUAAAGAGUUGUAAUAAAAUUUGUACUUGAA